AUGGGUUCCAAUCUACGAGAUCUUGUAGCACUUACCAAUGAGGCCCUAUCGAUUAGUAUUACGCAGAAGAAAUCAAUUAUAGACACUAAUAUAAUUAGAUCUGCUCUUCAUAGACAAACUUGGGAUUUGCGAUCCCAGGUAAGAUCGGUUCAGGAUCAUGGGAUCCUUUUCUAUCAGAUAGGAAGGGCUGUUGCACAAAAUGUACUUCUAAGUAAUUGCUCCAUAGAUCCUAUAUCUAUCUAUAUGAAGAAGAAAUCAUGUAACGAAGGGGGUUCUUAUUUGUACAAAUGGUACUUCGAACUUGAAACGAGCAUGAAGAAAUUAACGAUACUUCUUUAUCUUUUGAGUUGUUUUGCCGGAUCGGUCGUUCAAGACCUUUGGUCUCUACCCGGACCCGAUGAAAAUAAUGGGAUCACUUCUUAUAGGCUUGUUGAGAAUGAUUCUGAUCUAGUUCAUGGCCUAUUAGAAGUAGAAGGCGCUCUGUUGGGAUCCUCACGGACAGAAAAAGAUUGCAGUCGAUUUGAUAAUGAUCGAGUGACAUUGCUUCUUCGGCCCGAACCCAGGAAUCCCUUAGAUAUGAUACAAAAUGGAUCUUGUUCUAUCGUUGAUCAGAGAUUUCUCUAUGAACAAUACGAAUCGGAGUUUGAAGAAGGGGAAGGAGAAGGAGUCCUCGACCCGCAACAGAUAGAGGAGGAUUUAUUCAAUCACAUAGUUUGGGCUCCUAGAAUAUGGCGCCCUUGGGGCUUUCUAUUUGAUUGUAUCGAAAGGCCCAAUGAAUUGGGAUUUCCCUAUUGGGCUAGGUCAUUUCGGGGCAAGCGGAUCAUUUAUGAUGAAGAGGAUGAGCUUCAAGAGAAUGAUUCGGAGUUCUUGCAGAGUGGAACCGUACAGUACCAGACACGAGAUAGAUCUUCCAAGAAACAAGGCUUUUUUCGAAUAAGCCAAUUCAUUUGGGAUCCUGCAGAUCCUUCACAAGUCCUUGUGUUCGACCCUGGACUUACCAAGAAACUCAGAGGAAUUUAUACUUGAAUUCCACUGGGAAAACUUGAGUGCACAACGCAAUUCCAUCGACGCAUUGCAAUCCAUAUUUCUACCACAUAAUUCCGAGCAUCAACACUGCACCACCUGCAAAUGUUAUCAAGUAACUAGUAGUAGACUUUUUGUUAUCUAGAUCUCCUGCCAUAUCUGAAUUAGUGUACCCAACAAGAAAUAGCUUUCCACCUCCAAAUGUGAGCUUCAAACUGGAAGUAUCUCU